AACAUGAAGGUCCUAGUUUUGUUGGUUGUGCUGAGUGUAGCGAUCGCGGCAGAAGCCCAAGGUUUCUAUUGCGGGAGGCGUUUGGCCCUAGCUCUGGCUAUGCUGUGUGAGGGAAGCGAGGACAAACGUGGGGACUUGUCUGUCUAUGGAUCUAUGGCGCACGAGAGAGCUGACCAUCAAGGGGACUGGUCCGUCUGGCCACCUAUGCCGCAACACUGGCUGCACGCCAAUCGGGCGCACAGCCUUGGACGCCCCAAAAGACAGGUCGUGAUGGAGUGCUGCAUGAAACCCUGCUCGGAAGACGAACUUAUGGCCUACUGCUAA